AUGGCUUCCAACUACCUGCCGGAGGAUGAUGAUGAUUUUUUGGCACUUGUGGAUGAACUCUUGAGUUACGCUGCACGCAUCGAACGUCUUGAGAAGACUGUGAAAGUCGAAGAAGCUGAUGAAGACGAAGCAGCUGAGGCAGCUAACGAAGACAAACCAGCUAAGUAUAACACAGCAGCUAUAAAAGACACAUCAGCAAAAAAUAGCACAGCAGCAAAGAGUAACACAGCAGCUAAAGAUAACAUAGCAGCUAAGGAUAGCACAGCAACUAAAGAAAGCAAAAAUGCUAAAGAUAACACUGCAUCUAAAAAAAGCAAAGAAGCUACGGAUGACACAGAAUCUAAAGAAAGCAAAGAAGCUACGGAUAACACAGCAACUAAAGAAGUCAAAGAAGCUAAGGAUGACACAGAAUCUAAAAAAAGUGAAGAAGCUACGGAUAAAACAGCAACUAAAGAAAGCAAAGAAGCUACGGAUAACAUAGUAGCAGCAGCAGCAGUACCAGUCCAAAAUAUUGACCCGAACGCUGGUGAUCAAAGAAGCAAGUUCAAUAAAUUAUUGGACUACCACAAAGAAACGAAGGAGAAAUUGAAAGACUUGAAGAAGAUCAUAGAUCGCUACACGCACAGAGAGACGGACAUGCAGGGAGUGAAGAUUCAAGGCGAUGCGCAUACACUGUCUGCUUUUUGUUAUACCCUGCUGGAAAACAAUCACAAAUUAGAACAUCAUUUGAAAGAAUUCCACAGUAAUUUUAUCGCAUUAAUUCGCAAAGUAGCUGAGAUGCGAAGGAAGUUUUUACGAACCUCUAAUCAGAAAACGACCGGCAGAGUGAGGCCUGAGAGGUUGGCUGAAAGACUUGGCAAAAUGUCGCUGACAGCAGAUGACUCAAAAAAAAGUCCGUCCAAAUCAGCUGGAAAUGUGGAAGCUACGAGCGCAGCUUCCUCGGACACUGAAAGAGAUCGUGGAAAUGUACUGUCGCCAGGAAAAGGCAGGCCGAAGAAACGUUAAGAAUGCAUUAAUUACGUAAUAACAAAUAACAAUAUCGCAAUAAUAACACUGCAGCAUAAUGAUAAUAUUAACACAUAAAUAAUACAAAUAAUAACACUUUAACAACACAACCAUAUCGGGACACGACAUAACUACAACACAAAUAAAACAACUACAACAAAAUUAACAACAACAACAAAAUUAACAACAACAAAAACACAAGUAGAUGGAUUGACGUUUUUAUAAGUAUUGAUAAAGUUUGUCGGUUGUUUUAUCAUUAAUUUACGUGUAGUUUUUUAAACUAUGGACAGGACCUGUCGUGCAAAUGGUCUUCUUGUUGGCGUUAACAACUAAAAUAAUAAUAAUAAUAAUAAUAAUAAUAGCAUGAGAUACUUUUUGAUUUUUGAUAAAGUGACAUUUUAUAUCGGCUCAUUACUUCAAUUUACCAUUUUAUUAUUUUUGUUAUUAUUGUUAUUAUUAUUAUUAUUAGUAGUAGUAGUCUUAGUAUAUAUAUAUAUAUAUAUAUAUAUAUAUAUAUAUAUAUAUAUUAUCAUUAUUAUCAAUAUUAUUUUAUUAUUAUUAUUCACUCAUUCAUUCUAAAUGAAUUAUUGUAAAUUGCGAUUACUGUUGGUUUUAACUUUUUCAUAUUUCAAUUUUAUAUUGAUUAUUUUGGCGCUUAGCUUAGGCAGGCACUCACGCCACACACACACACACACACACACACACACACACACACACACACACACACACACACACACACACACACAUACACAUACAUACAAACACACACGCAUACAAACACACACACACACAGACACACAUUUUUACACCUUAUACGCUUGUGUGUGUGUGUGUAAAUGUGUUUAUCUAAUAUAUGUAUGAGUGUGCAUAUUGGUUUUUCAUACCUACAGAUAACAAUUUUAAAAAAUUUUUGAAAAAUAUUUUAAUCAGAUGUUGCAAGAAAAAAUUCAUACAAGUGUUUAUUGUUGUUCAGUUGAAUUAAUAAUAACUUAAAAAUGAGAUAACAAAUAAAUAAGAGACAU